CGUGCAUCGUCGACCCAACGUUUUUUUUUGCCACCAAAAAAAAAGCUUUUGAAGUUGGGGUUGGAAAGAAGAAAGAAGGCAGCUCAUUCGAUUCACCCUAGAUUACGAGUGUGCGUAAUAGAGAGGAAAAUUGAAAAAAUCUACAAAAAUAACAUCAACUACUAAGAAGAGAACCUUGUGGUGUUUGUGUUUUUUGUGGUAACGGUGAAAGAAAAGUGUCGCCUGAAGGCUUAGCGUGUGUGAUAGCCCUAACUGUUUUGGAAACAACACGAGGCAAACAACUCUACAUCAGGACCCGACCAUAGAAUUGUGCUCUGCCGCCAUCUGACAAAAACUGUGGCGCAAAACGAAGGGGUGCUGCUGUUUACGGGGGGAACGAAUGGAUUGGCGUAUGGUGGGAGAGAGUGAAAUGUGGCAAAUGAAAGUACAAGUUGUUUGACAUUCAAGAGCCACGUUGCGUCUAGAAACUGAGAAAGCCAAAUUUGGAAAGAAAAGAAAAAAAAAACAUUUGUUAUUAUGGAGACACUAACGGUGACGGUGGACAAGGAGUUUGGCAGCGCCAUGGGCGCUCUCUUUCACCAAAUCAUCACCGACAUGAAGGUUGGUGCUCCUCUCUGGGAAGAUUUCCUGUCCAAAGCCUCCAAACUUCACACAGCGCUCAAAUCGACCUUAUCAGUCAUUGCCGCCUACUUGGAUGCCUUUCAGAAGAUUGCCGACUCGGCCACCAACGCCAAAGGAGCCACCAAAGAUAUCGGUACGGUCCUCACUCGUAUCUGCCUCCGCCACAAAGCCGUCGAGGCCCGUCUCAAAACAUUCACCAGCGCGCUGAUGGAGUGUCUUGUUCUUCCAUUACACGACAAAUUGGAGGAAUGGAAGAAAAUGGUGGUAAAUCUUGACAAGGAGCACUCGAAAGAGUACAAGAAAGUCAGGGCGGAUAUCAAGAAGCGGACGGCAGAGGCGCAACGGUGGCAGAAGAAAGCCAAAAAGAUCCGCAGCGGGAUGGCUGGAGGAGGUAGUCACGCAACUGCAAUGAUGGGCCAACAAAUGAACCCCACUGGUGCCAAUGACCGCCAAUUGAACGCUGCCAAUCAGGAGCUCCUCCGUGCAGCCGAUGCCGCUCAAAUCGACCUCAAUUCACGCCUUGCCCUUCUCCAGGAGACGGAAAAGCAGGCGUUGAAGUCGGCCCUGGUGGAAGAACGCAGUCGCUAUUGCCUCUUUGUCGCUUGCCUCAAGCCCGUCAUGAGCGAAGAAAUGUCGAUGAUGGCUGAAUUGAGUCACCUGGAAGAGAUUAUUACCCAACUAGACAAGCACACAGCUGAUCCAUUCUCGCUGCCAUCAUCCACUGAACAAAUGAUUUCCGAGUUGAAAGGAACGACGGACCACAAUCACUGGGCUCUUCAGACGCCGCCGAGUAGUCCCAGUUCCCUCGGAUCGCGCAAGUCUUCCAUGUGCAGUUUGGGCUCGAUCCACAGCUCAUCCAGCGGAAGCGUUGCUUCUCAUUCCCAAAACCACCAAUUAAUGAACUCGCCUAGUCAUGCUAUUCAGCAACAACAGCAGCAACACAUCCGCCACAGAUCGCUGUCUCAAGUGGCCGGUGUCAACGCCGGAGUGAGACUGUCGAGCGUUUCGUCUCAAGAUUCCGGUUUCACGUCUCAAGAUACGCUUGUUCUAUACAGACCCAAUUCAUCCCCGCCAUCCAAUCAAUUGUUGGCCCAGGAGGUGGAACUCGUGUCUUCCAGCAAUUCCAGUGGAGAGUGUUCGAGUUCCAACAGCAACUCGAGCACGCCCUGCACGCCCUACCCGCCCGGCAUGGGUUCUACCUGGCCUAACCUUCAAGAGACGGUCCAGUACGAUAGGCAAGCGAGCAAUAGUACUCAUAUGGUAAUGAUCAAUGAAAGGCCACAUACAAUUUCAACGGCUUAUGAAAAAGGACAUCAUCAACGAGCUGCUCUGUCCGUCUACACAUUCCAACCGCUGGAACAAUACUCUUCAUCAUCGUCGACCACCACUGGCCAAAGUUCGUGCACGAGCAGCACCGAUAAAUGCGAUCGGGCUAAUAAUUCAACACCGACCGAAUCGCCAGAAUACGAGACGUUGAGACGAUGUCGCGAAUUAAAGGCCGGCGGCAAUGGAAACAACGGAAGUCAAGAGAGUCUGGGAACGACGGGCAAUCAAGGCACGGCGGGCAGGCCGCCGUUGCCGCAACGUUGUUCGUCUCUGGAACGCCCUGUCGUGCCGCCGCCGGGUAAAACUAAAUCGGAGAAAGUCAACAAGAAAAACUCUUUAGUUUUACAGACGGACAAUCAACAACCCUCCAUCUUGCCCGAUUUUCAUCAAGCAGCGCCUGAUAUGAUUGUCCCUCAGCCAGUUUAUAUGAACGCCAGUGAACUACGACAACAGGCGGCCGCGAUGAAUGGAGAUGAUCCCGCUUCUCACGCCAUCUAUACGUCGUUGGCUUCGUGCACCGUUUACGAGGAUGGUCAAGCAUGUUCGUGUCAUGGCCCAUCGAGAGACUCGAUGUGGCGCCAUCAAACCUUUCCUCCUCCUCCUCCUCCGGCUUGUAGUUCAAGGCCACUUUUGCGCAGACCGGCCUCGUUUUCAGGAUAUGUCGAUCAGGGAUCGAUGGGGGCCGGCGCCGAUUGGAAUCCGAGAGGCAGUGUGCGCAUGUCGACUAUGAAACGGACGUCCAUCCCGUCGUUCGCUACGCUCCACGAAGUCAGCAACGUCGACGAAGCUCAUCACACCGAUGACGUGAAUCUGGUUCCACCCCUUCCGGAAGUGAAUGUGGUGGCGCCUUCGUCUGUUGACGAAAUUGAUUUGGCCGCUUUACCUCCUCCGCCGGAUUUCCUACUAGAAACGGCUGAGGAAGACGUCAGCCCAGCGCCAGUCACGAAAGAGGCCAUCAUUCCCGAACGUUCCUUGAGCGUAGCGGAUGCCGUCAAAACGUUAAACGAAAUACGUCAUCAACCGGCUAGUCCGGGUGUGGUCCGUCGAGCUCAGUCGAUGCGAGCAACCAGCGAUUCAUCAUCGACGUUGAUGCACGGCCGUGGCAAUCAUCCGCCGGCCGUAUUGGCUAAAACGCUGGGCACCACGCCCAAGGCCCAACGCCAUUCAGAUCAGCACCACGCCCAUCAUACGUUUACCUUGACGAAGAAUUUAAUGUCCAAAGCGACGCCGGCCAAUCACAACAAGACGCUGCCCAAACAGAUGCCCAGUCAUCCUACCGAUGCCGGUGGUAAGGUCGUUUCAGGCUUGUUGUCCAAGUCCAGUUUCGUCCAUCAAUUGAAUGCUAAAUUAGCGCAACAGCAACAAGGGCAUUCACCAGGUGGGCAGGCGGAAUCCGCUACGCAGCGCCACAGUCGCAAUCAUCACGAUGGCCAACAACAGUCAAACGAUCACCAUCGUGAAUCAUUGAUGGAUCAAAUACGACGUGGCACUUCACUCCGCCGAGCUCGAUCCACUUCCGAUCGGUCCUCCCCCCACUUCAAACAUUAAACUUCUCUUUUUUUUUAGCGAGGAUUCCGUUCUUAUUUCCGUGCGGAAAAUGUGUAACAGGCAGCACAGUCAGGGAUUUUACCAAGUGCCACUAGAGCCCCCGAACUUUUUUCUUCCUACACCCACAUAUUGAAAACUAAAAAAAAAAAAUUACGUAUAUUCUGCCCUUUAAAACUACCAAUUUUUUAGUUUAAAUUGAUUUAUUAUUAUUUAAUUGUCGUAGAGAGACCUUCCUGCACGAUUUAUCUUUGGUUUGCAUUCAGUUGUGGAUGUUGUUCGUGUACACAGAAGAGGUGCCGCUGUCUUUAAUCGUUAUGAUUUUCUUUCCUUAAUCGAAAAAAAGAAAUUGUAGAUUUUUUUCUUUUCUUUCCGUGUUCGUGGUGUACCAAAGUCUCGUCCUAUUUACUAUGAUACUGCCUCCCUAUAUUCUCAUCAUAUCUCUUCAAUUCUACAACGUAAUUUCUGAAAUUGGAUAGAAAUUAACAUUUUUUUUUAUUAUUAUUUAAGUCAUGGACGUUUUUUUCUUUAUCCCUUUGGUAUCGUCAUUUUAGGUUCUAUGGCGGUGUUAAUUUAAUAACUUCAAUUUCGGUUUUCCAUCUGCCCCGCAAGCAAUUUGCGUAUCUACCUAAGAAAAAAUUGAUUUUUAAAAAAUUAUUCCCCAAACUUUUGCAUAUGUUGUAUAACCCCGAUCGUUUUCCCACCUUAGUUUCACAACACGAGAAGAAAAAAAAAGCAUUAAAAAAAAAACUAAACAAAAUACAUUGUUUUAUGACAAA